AUGAAAUGUCCACAUUCUAAAAGACACGGUCUGUCAACAUAUCAAGGGCGUGGUAAGGUUGGUGUGUGUGUGGGUGUGGGUGUGGGUGUGGGUGUGGGCGUCGGUGUGGGUGUGGGUGUGAGUGUGGGUGUGGUGUAGGUGUCUGGGUGUGGAUGUGGGUGUGCGGUUGUGGGUGUGGACUUUGUGCCUUUUCAUUACCACACCCACACCCACACCCACACCCACACACCCACACCCACAUCCACACCCAGACACCCACACCACACUCACACCCACACCCACACCCACACCCAGACACCCACACCACACUCACACCCACACCCACACCCACACCCACACCC